AUGGUGGAAAAUAUUAGGCUCGAAAAAUCAAAAGAGAGAAUCAAGCUUCAUCUGUCCACAAAAUUGAAGCUUGCCAUCACGCCCAUGUAUCACUGGGAAUUUGGAAUUCGUACAUGUCAUGUUGGUGCAGUGUGGCCCACAAAACCGUCGGUCAGCAUUCUAAUUUCCAAAAACAGAAGAGAAGUGGAAGAAGAAUGUGGAGGGUUUCUCAGAGCAAUGGAACUUCCAUCACAGCUUUGGCAGAAUGGAUUGCAAAUAUUUAAGGAUACAAGCCCCACCGAGGUCAAACAGCGUCUUCUACGACUACAAAGAGGCUUGGUAGACUCAUAUAUAUUAAUUUUGGCAUCUAUGGUGCUGACUAUGAUGCUGGAGUGUUUUAAUGCGGCAUACUCGGAGCCUGGCUCCAUUAUUUAUGUGGAGAGCCUCUCAGGUGUCGGAUAUUGUUUGUCAUACGUGUCUUCUGUCAUAAUUAUCAACUUAUAUUUCAAGAAAAGAAGGACUUUAGCAAAUGGUGUUAUGAUAUCAGUCGGAGGGGUAGCUAUUCUAUUGAUCCCAUCCCUUUACAGGUUUUUAAUUGACAAAUAUGGUCUGUCACAAGCACUUUGGCUGAUUGGUGCAUUCCUUUCUAACAUUUGUGUGCCAAGCUGUUUAUUUCGGGAGCCAAAUAAACCACCCCAAAGCAACAAUGCACAGGCAGGAAUUAAAGAGAGCAUUUCGGUUAAAACAAAUGAAAACCAGAUAAAAUGUUGCAAUGAAUCUAAAUUGAAUUUGUGUUUGUUUAAGAACAAACGUUUCACACUGUUAGUUAUAGCUUUAACUAUUUGUACAUUUGGCCACAUUAGCAAUUUCAUUUUAAUUCCCGCCCAUAUCAAAACACUUGGGUUUAGCAACACUUAUAUUACAAUAGGUGUAUCUAUAACUGGUGGUGCAGAAUUGAUUGCAGGGAUUGCUGUAGGAUGGUUUGCAGAUCUGAAUUUUAUUCAAAAGAAAUAUAUAUUCGUAGUCUGUAUGUUUCUUGGAGGAGUUUUUGCAUUGAUAUCACCACUGUUCGAUUCUUUUACGUUUAUGGUAGUAUACGCCGGAGUUGCUGGAGCGUUUCCAGCGUCAUAUCUUGCCCUUAUAUCAGUCUUAGCGAUUGAAAGAGUGGGCAUGGACAAUUUCCCAGCAGCCUUCUCGAUCAUAUAUGUCUUUAUGUCAAUUACGUCUUUGAUCUGCCAGCCUAUAGCCGGUAGGUAUAAUAUAUUUACCCGGAACUUUUACAAAUUUGACUUCAUAAAACACACUGAUUCAAAUAUUCAUAUUUAUGUUUUAAGUUGGAUGGCAGAUUAUUACGGAAGCUGGUAUCCUGCAUUUACCUUAACCGGCAUAAGUCUAAUUUGUGCUAGUGUAACACUUUUACUAGAACCAGUUGUCAGCCGGUAUGGCAUGGGCAAGACAUGUUUUAUAGAAAAUGUUAAUAAUGAAUUGGCAUCUCGAGUAAAAGUAAACGGAGUACAAGACAGUAACGAAGGUAAUUUGAAGAAUGCCGAUACAGCAGAAACAGACUUACCUUAA